AUGUCAGGAGAGCUUUUUAUAGUUGCUGCCAGCUCACUUCAUGCUGCAUAUGUGAUUUCGAUACUGUUGGAACAAGGGAUUCCGAUACUGUUAGAACAAACAUACCGACGAUUCCCAAAGAAAAGAGCCAAAAGUCAGAGAAUUGGAGUAGUAGAAGAAGACAGGAUCGGUGCGUUGCCCGAUGACUUGCUAGUGAAGAUACUGUCGCUUGUCCCAACAAAAGAUGCAGUGGCUACCAUGGUUUUGUCAAAACGAUGGCGCUCUGUUUGGACGAUGGUGCCAAAGCUGGACUACCUAGAGACCAACAAUGAUGGUGUUAAGAAACUAGUUAUUGGCGGUUUACUUGGCCGUUUACUUAGGCGUUUAUUUGGCAAAAGUGAUGAGCAAGAACGACGACAGUGGCGGUUUAUUGAUGAGUCAUUAAAAGUCCACAAGGCACCUGUAUUAGAACAGCUAGCUAUAGAACUCGGUCCAGGAUGUGAUCCCGUUGAUGUUGAUGUUGGAAAGUGGAUUGACAAAGCGGUUGAUACUAGGGUCCGACUUGGCCUUUCCUCUGUGGUGUACAAAGAUGAUGACUCUCUCGCUCGUCUCUUAUCUAGUUGUCCUGUUCUCAAACAUCUGGCCGUGGAACGACAUGACCAAGACAAGGUGAAGAUUUUCAAUAUACAAGCCCCUUUAUUGGAGUGCUUGUUCUAUAAUUAUGUGGAAUUAGGAGCACAGUACUACGGACAAGACAUGGAUGCGGGAAAUUUGGUUAUAAAUUCUCCGGCUUUAAAGAAAAUCUUCAUCGCGGAUCAUUCGAGAGACUCUUGCUCCAUUGAGAACGAACCUCGACUUAACAAGGCAAUGAUCAACCUCUUUAGUUACCCUGAUGUCAAGUUCAUGACAUCUCUUUCCUCAGUCAUGUAUCUCGAAUUAGUUUUGAGUUUUCAAACGCUUGCGUGGUUUAACACUAUUAACUUCUCUCAGCUUAUGGAUUGUAAGAUUAUACUUGGACAGGAGUUAGACUGGUUAGAACCACUAAUGUUUUUGCUUCAAAAUUCUCCUAAUCUCAAAGUUCUUUUCAUCGACAAGACAUUCAUGGAACCUGCGGAGGAGGAGGAGUCACUUUCAUGGAACCAACCGGUUUCUGUUCCUGGAUGUUUGUCAACCCAUCUCGAGAUCUUUGAGUGGAAAGGAUACGGAGGAAGAAACCAAGAGAGAGAAUUCGUAAGAUACAUAUUUGCCAACUCCAAGUGUUUACAGAGAGCUGGAUUCUCCUUGAAAAGAAACAAGAUGAUGAAAGAGUUGGAAUCUAUGUCUAGGGUUUCCACAUCAUCUCAGCUUCUCUUCUCCACUCAACUGGAAUAUUUUAGCCUUCCUGAUGAAAUGAGAUUGUAA